GCGACUUACUGCAAACCUUUGGAAUUUUGGAACUAUAUUUAGAAAACCUGCGGGAACGAUUCAUCGCUUUCAAAGACGUACACGAAUUUGAUAGAAACCCAAAUCAGUAUAACAACAGAGCACUAUGUCGUUGAAGCCACGUCGUGUUGAUUUCAAUUCAACGUGGGCAACACUCCUUGAAACUGUGAAAGGUGUCAUCACCUGCGGACGAGUGCCAAGAGCAACGUGGACAGACAGAUUCCAUGAUGUCUACCAGCUGUGUGUGGCCUGCCCUGAACCACUGGGUAACAGACUGUACCAGGAGACGAAGAGUUUCCUUGAAUCACAUCUGAACCGUCUGAACACAGCUGUUCUGAGCUGUGGAGGGGAGAAUCUGCUGGCGACCUACCACAAACACUGGGAGCAGUACAGCCAAGGAUCCUGCUACUUAAAUCAGCUCUAUGGGUAUUUGAAUUCUACUUAUAUCAAGAAACAGAAAGUCAGUGAUGCAGAUUUAAAUUACGGUGGUUUUGCUUUGGAAAGUUUAGACCAUAUGCUGGAAAUUGGAGAGCUGGCUUUGGACACGUGGAAACGACUUAUGAUCGAACCUCUGAAAGGACAGUUACUAAACUUUAUCCUGCAGGAAAUAAAAAAUGAUAGGGGAGGUAAUUUUGUGAAUCAAACAGUUAUCCAUGGUGUCAUCAACUCUUUUGUCAAUGUUGAGGAAUACAAGAAGAAAUAUUCCAUGCAGCUGUAUGAGGAAUUGUUUGAAACCCCAUUUCUGCAAGAGACUGGUGAUUACUACAGACAGGAAGCGUCAAAACUGAAGGAUGCAUGCAACUGUUCAGAAUACAUGGAAAAGGUUAUACAAAAACUGGACAAUGAAGACUUUCGAAGUCGUAAGUUUCUACAUCCCAGCUCGUAUAACAAAGUGACUCACGAAUGUCAGCAGAGAAUGAUUGCCGACCAUCUUCAGUUCCUACAUGUGGAAUGUCGCGCUAUGGUUCAUCUUGAGAAAAGAAAAGAUCUGAACAACAUGUACAAACUACUGAAGCCCAUUCACUCAGGGCUUGGGGUUCUCAUUCAAGAGGUCGAAAACCACAUAAGACAAUCAGGCUUAGAGGCGGUGAAAAAUCUCAAGGGUGAUAAUAUUCCUAACCAGUUUGUUGAAUCGAUGUUGGAGGUACAUCAGAAAUCCACCGAACUGAUUCAGAGUGUGUUUCAUGGAGACCAGCAGUUUGUUGGUGCCUUGGAUAAGGCUUGUGCUGCAGCAAUUAACCACCGAACCAACCCGAAGUAUGCGUGUCGUUCUCCAGAAUUACUGGCCAAAUACUGUGAUACUUUAUUGAAGAAAAGUUCUAAAGGUACCUCCGAGACCGAGCUAGAUGACAAGCUCACCAGCUGCAUAACUGUGUUCAAAUAUCUUGAUGAUAAGGACAUAUUUCAAAGGUUUUACUCGCGGAUGUUAGCCAAGAGAUUAAUCUACAGCCAGUCAACUUCCAUGGAUGCCGAGGAAGCAAUGAUCAACAGACUGAAGCAAGCCUGUGGAUAUGAAUUCACCAACAAGCUGCACCGCAUGUUCACCGACAUGACGAUUAGCAACGAUCUCAACACCAAGUUUUCAGACUCUCUCAGAACUGACAAUGUUGAUCUAGGUGUUGGCUUUUCUAUGUUGGUCUUACAGGCUGGUGCAUGGCCCAUUGGUCAGACUAACCUUCCAACUUUUGCAAUACCUCAGGAAUUGGAGAGAAGUGUCAGCAUGUUUGAAGAUUUUUAUAACAAAAGUUUUAAUGGAAGAAAACUGACAUGGAUGCAUAGUUUUUGUAGCGUUGAUAUGAAAUUCAACUACACAAAGCGAGUGUACUUCGUGACGAUGGGCACGUUCCACAUGGCCAUUCUGCUGCUGUACAGCAACACCACCAGCCUGUCCUUCAAGGAAAUUGAGCAGCACACACAGCUCCCCGAGAAAGAACUCGUUAAACAGCUGCAGGCGUUAGUAGAUGCAAAAAUCCUGGAGGUCCAAGCAGAAAUUACUCCUCAAGUUUCCCUGUCAUUAAAUAUGGCAUAUAACAAUAAAAGAACAAAGUUCAAGAUAACAACAGCUGUUCAGAAGGAAACACAACAGGAGGUUGAAAUGGCUCACUCAGCGGUGGAUGAAGACCGCAAGAUGUACCUGCAGGCAGCUGUGGUCCGAAUCAUGAAAGCACGGAAAGUACUCAAGCAUAAUCUCUUAAUUCAGGAGGUGAUCAGCCAGUCCCGUGCACGGUUCAACCCGAGUGUGCCAAUGAUAAAGAAGUGCAUAGAGACACUGAUAGACAAACAGUAUUUAGAGAGAAUGGCCAACACGACAGACGAAUACAGCUAUGUGGCGUGAUGCACAGCA